CGCCCUCAUCGCCGUAAUAAACUACCCUUCUUCCAAUUCCCUUGUCAAGGUCACUGCGAAGUCGGUUGGGCCUACAUAAUAACUAUUGUUGGCGGUGUCAUCACUCUUCUCUCAACACUUGUGCCAUGUGGCAUGCCCUUGAACGCCGCCUUUCAGACGCCGAUCAUGGGCAAACAGGAUUGCGUAGAAAUGCCCAAUGGUAUCUACGUGAGCAGUACUCCUGUGCCUCUUUUGCCGAUGAGAAGCACUGCUACUCCCACCGAUCAGUCCUCCCUCAAUCAAGGCAGCUUCAGUCGUAAAACAAGCAGCGUUCAAGGCGUGGUUGCUAUGACAUCUAGCACAUACGUUUCAGCUCCUGAGUUUCGUGUGCUAAUCCCAACAACAUCUGUGAUCGUGCAGCCUCAUUAG